AUGUUAAAGCGUUCGACCGCUUCGAUUGCAGCCAUUUUGCUGUACGCUGUGCUUCUCCUAGUGCUUCCAUUCACAGGUGGAAAGUCACUUGUCAGUGCAGAUAAAGAGGCAGAAGAUUACGGAACAGUGAUUGGAAUUGAUUUGGGUACGACUUAUUCGUGUGUGGGUGUGAUGAAGUCAGGAAGAGUUGAAAUUCUUGCCAACGAUCAAGGUAACAGAAUCACCCCUUCGUAUGUCGCAUUUUCUGAAGGUGAAAGACUUGUUGGUGAGGCUGCGAAGAAUCAGGCUGCUUCUAACACAAACAACACUGUUUACGAUAUUAAGCGUUUGAUGGGAAGAAGAUUUACCGAUAAGGCAACUCAAAGGGAACUUAAACGGAUGCCUUACAAGGUGGUAGACAAGAAAGGACGUCCAGCCAUUCAAGUUGCAGUUAAUGACAAGGAAGAGUUUUUCACCCCUGAGCAAAUCUCGGCUCUCAUCUUAGGUAAGAUGAAGCAGAUUGCUGAGGAUUACUUAGGAAAGAAAGUCACCCAUGCGGUCGUUACUGUCCCUGCAUAUUUCAAUGAUGCUCAAAGACAGGCCACCAAAGAUGCCGGUACAAUUGCAGGCUUGAAUGUUCUCAGAAUUGUGAACGAGCCUACCGCUGCUGCUAUUGCUUAUGGUUUGGAUAAGGGUGAUGAAGAGAAACAGAUCAUUGUUUACGACUUGGGUGGAGGAACUUUUGAUGUUUCUCUUCUGUCGAUUGCCGGUGGAGCCUUUGAAGUUUUGGCCACUGCAGGUGAUACUCACUUGGGUGGUGAGGACUUUGACUACCGUGUUACAAGACACCUUGCCAAAUUGUUCAAGAAGAAGCAUGAAAUUGAUAUUAGUAAGAACGCCAGGGCUAUAUCUAGAUUAAAGAGAGAGGUCGAGAAGGCUAAGAGAACGUUAUCGUCGCAGAUGUCGACCAGAAUUGAAAUUGACUCUUUUGUUGAUGGUAUUGACUUCUCUGAAACGUUGACUAGAGCCAAGUUUGAGGAAUUGAACAUCGAUCUUUUCAAGAAGACAUUGAAGCCAGUCCGCCAGGUGUUGAAGGAUGCCAAGGUUAAGGAGUCCGAAAUUGAUGAUGUUGUUUUGGUUGGUGGUUCCACACGUAUCCCAAAGGUUCAGGAACUUCUCGAGGACUUCUUUAAAGGAAAGAAGGUUUCCAAGAGCAUCAACCCAGAUGAAGCUGUCGCCUACGGUGCAGCUGUUCAGGCAGGUGUCCUUUCUGGUGAGGAGGGUGUCGAGGAUAUUGUCUUGAUUGAUGUGAACCCAUUAACCUUAGGUAUCGAAACCUCGGGUGGUGUUAUGACAACUUUGAUCAAGAGAAACACGCCUAUCCCAACAAAGAAGUCUCAGAUCUUCUCCACAGCUGUGGAUAACCAGCCAACUGUUCUUAUCCAGGUUUACGAGGGAGAAAGAGCAAUGGCCCGUAAGAAUAACUUGUUAGGAAAGUUUGAGCUCAACGGCAUUCCACCAGCUCCAAGAGGUGUCCCUCAGAUUGAGGUGACCUUUACUUUGGACUCGAACGGAAUCUUGAAGGUUUCUGCCGUCGACAAGGGAACUGGUAAGUCGAACUCCAUCACAAUCACCAACGAUAAGAACCGUUUAUCAAAGGAAGAGAUUGAUAAGAUGGUGGAAGAGGGUGAGAAGUUUGCUGAAGAGGACAAGGAGACAAGGGAGACAAUUGAGAGCAGAAAUGCCCUCGAGAAUUACGCCCACUCCUUGAAGAACCAGAUUAGUGACGAGAACGGAUUCGGCUCGAAAAUUUCUGAUGAAGACAAGGAGACUCUUCAGGAUGCUGUCAAUGAAGCUCUUGAGUGGAUUGAUGACAACGGGGAAGAUGCAUCUAAGGAGGACUUUGAUGAGCAGAAGGAGAAGUUGAGCAAGAUUGCUUACCCAAUAACUUCUAAACUUUACGGAGGUGCAGAAGGUGAUGCAGGUGAGGCUUAUCAGGCCGAUGAAGAUGCUGAUGAAGAUGAGGACGACGAUUGGGAUCAUGAUGAGUUGUAA